AAUUUUAAGCAACCCAACUCUACUGGUUGUUCUUUGUUUCCUUCUCAUUCAUCAUAUCUAUGUUGAUGAUAAAGGUUAUGAUGAUUUUUUAGCAGUUUCUAGAAGACCUGGAAACUGAUACUUUUUAUUUUAUUUUGUUUUCAUCUUUUUCUUCUAAUGUAAUGUAGAAAACACAGCACAUGGGCAUGCAUUGACUGGUGGCAAUUGUCCUACUCUUCUUUCUGUCUUCAUUUCUUUGAUCUAACUUAUUUUCUGGCUUUAUCAACUGCACAGACCAUUAUGUCUACAUUGCAAAUUAGUAAUUCUUGAUUCUGGCAUUAUUGGAUAAAUCCAUUGUGGAAACUUAAAGAGGUAUGAAAUUUAUCUUUUUUUAUUAUUUUGAAGUGGCCCAUUUAAUUUAUUUCAGAUAAUGGGGCAUGGAUUCAUAUAGUAGUUGCUAUUAUUAUUCUUUAAAAGUUUUUUGUUUGUUGGUGAUUAUUGAUUGAUUACCCCCUCACUACUGGAGAUUUAGAUGUUCUUUGGUUUUUUGGUUUCCCCGGUGUCCGGUAGGGCGUUACUAAAUCCAGAUUUGCGCUGGGAAGUCCCACAUUGGGGGGCAAAGGGCUCCCUAACAAAGGCGACUCCGUACCCACGGAGAUUUAGAUGUUCUUCUUUUUAAAUCUUAGUGAGUUGUCAUUUUUAUUUUAUUUUGUGUGUUGAUGAACAGAUGGGUGAUACACUUGAAGUAUCAGUUUCAUUUGGAAGGUAUGAGAAUGAUGAUGCACUUUCUUGGGGGAAAUGGUCAUCUUUUUCACCAAACAAGUAUUUGGAAGAAGCUCAGAAGUGUAAAACAACUGGAUCAGUAGCACAAAAGAAGGCCUAUUUUGAAGCACAUUACAAGAAAAUUGCUGCUAAGAAAAUGGAGCAAAUAGAAAAGGAAAAAAAGGAACAAUUGGAGCAAGCAAAGCAAAUUGAAUCUUUGGAUGAACCCCAUUUCCAAGAUCAUAGUGAAAGCACACAGUUUUGUGAUAGUCGCUUUGGUUUAUCCAAUGGUGAAGAGGAAAAGACAAGAGUUGAUAUGAAUAAUAAUGAUGUUGUAGAUGAGCCAAAAGUGGAUGUUUCUCUUGAUAUGGAAGGGACAAUCUUGGAAACAAGUGACAAUGGAGAAGUUCCCAAGGUUGAAGAACAGAAUUUUGAAAGAGGAUCUCAAGAUAAUCUGAAAGAGAUUCCACAAGUGGAUAAUGCGGAAAGAAGCUCCUCUGCAAAGAAAAGCAAAACCCCUAAACCGAAUUUGAAGAACACAGCUCGAAAGGUACAUCCAACUUCAGAGGACAGAAUAUCUGCUGGAACAAAGAAGAAGCCUGUAUCACCUGUGACAAAAUCUUCAAGAAUUUCCACUCCAACUUCAAAACCGGUACCAACUUCCAAGGUCAUUUCUUCGUCUCAACCAUCAGUGAAGAAGGUGAAUGGGUUGUCAUAUCAAAGAAGCAGCAAUGCUCCUAUUGCACAAAGCAAUAAACUACUUUCUAGAUCAAUCAAUUCGCCUUCUCAAUCCUCGACAAAAAAGUUGAAUGGUUCAACAUUGCAAAGGAGAAAAAAUUCUCCCAUUCUAGAGAACAAGAGGAUAGCUCCCACAUCAAUGCACAUGUCUCUCAGUCUAGGUCCACCAAAUUCUACAGCUUCUACUACUACAAUGAGAAAAUCAUUGAUCAUGGAAAGAAUGGGGGAUAAGGACAUUGUUAAGCGAGCAUUCAAGGCAUUCCAAAACAAUUUCAACCAAGGAAAACCCGAAGUAGAUAUGAGAUAUGGUGGAUCAAAGAAGGUAUUGCCUAAGGGAUCAGAGAAAAAGAUUUCAGCUUCUCCGACUCCGAGAAAGGAGGUUGAGAGAUUAAGGAAGACAUCAGAUAAGAUAAUCACUCAAAAAUGCCAAUCAGGGACUAGAUCAAACUCUCUGUUAUCUGGGGCGCCUAAAGAUGCUGGUAUAGAUAGGAAAAAGGCGAACACUGUCAGACCUGCUGGCACAAGAACUGACAGAUCAACUGAUAAAUUGAAGGAGGAUAUCACCAAAGGUAAGAUCCACCGUCCUGGAUCAAAUAGGUGAAGUUAAUACAUGAACUUCAGCAUUAUCAUGAUAUUUUCGUAGAUGAAUUGUUCCCCUCGAUGAGUUAAGCUCGCAUGAAGAUGAACAAACAUCUGAAGAAUUUACUGAGUUUAUUAAAGAGCAAGAGAAAUCAUGU